CGCCUUCGUUCGACGACGGAACUGCCAUCUUGUCCACCAAGCACAGCGCGAACAGCCUGUUUUUUCAGGCAGAUCGUUUUAGAAAAAUAGAGUCGUCGGAGCUUGAGCUGAUUUGCGUGUGAUUUGCACUUGGGUCGAAGCACCGCAACUUGUCACGCAUAGUUCAGCAUUUGCUUUAAACGAGGCCGUUCAACAAUGUCGCCGAAGCAAACGGCUCAUAUCACGGCCGUUCUCGACGACUCUUUGCGGAGCGCGACAUCCGUCGAGGUCUCUUCCUAUGAGCAGCGCAUAGGAGCAGCACGACGGAGACAAUCGCUCAAGGCAGACCCAAGCGCGGAGUCCACACCGUUAUUAGACAAGGCUGCAACUGAUCCAGUAAAUGUUCCUGCCACUUCGUCCGCUGUUCUCCGCGACCUACGAGACUAUGAUCAGUUCACGCAACGAGAGGGGGAACCGAACAAAUAUACCGUACCCAUCAAAGAGAUGCCAGAUUGGUAUGUGGAUAACGUCUACCUACUAAAAGGAUACCGGAGAAUAACGAACUCUUACCUGGGAUGUGUAAAAUCAUUAACAUACCUGCACAACGAAACUGGCAACGUUUUUACGCACGCGCUAGGCUUUGUGGGCUUUGUGGUCCUUGCGCAAGUUUUUUAUGGGUGGUUGACGGUUGAAACAAGUACUUGGGCCGAUAUCUUGAUCAUAAGCAUGUUCUUCUUGGGAGCGGUUGUUUGUCUUGGAUUAUCGACCACCUUCCAUUUGUGCUGCUGUCAUUCCAGAAGCGUUGCGGCAGUAUGGUUAAGAGGAGAUUAUGUUGGUAUUGUUACGCUGAUCAUGGGAUCCUUUGUUCCUUCGAUUUAUUAUGGAUUCUUUUGUAGCCCUAAAUUGCAGGCUGUUUACCUCGCCGUAAUUGUCAUAUUCGGAAUCGUAACGAUUUGUAUUACGGUUUCUCCCAAAUUUUUUGCUCCACGUUAUCGUCUGCUGCGAACAGGCCUGUUUGUAUUAAUGGGCCUGACUGGCGUCGUCCCGUUGGUACACGCAUUGACGAAAUAUGGGAGUCAAAUGACAAGACAUGCACUCUCGUCUGGCUCUCUUAUUUCUUCUGGUGCAAUAUACUUUCUCGGCGCGGUUGUAUAUGCUUGCAGAGUUCCGGAGCGCUGGGCACCAGGAAAAUUCGAUCUUUGGUUCCACUCGCACCAAAUAUUUCAUUGUCUGGUCGUAGCUGCCGCGGUUGUCCACUACUACGGAGUGGUCGAAGCAUAUAGAUGGUGGCACACCUACAACCUUCAGUGCAGCAUGGAUCCCGAGGCAGUUAUCAGAAAGAUGAUGACGUCUCUGCAUUUUGCGUAAAAUAGAUUUAUUUCUACGAGGGGUAUGGGAAGGACUGGCGGACUUUGUCGGAAUAAAGAGGACCGCAGUUGCAUAAUGCAAUGGUGUAUUUAUACAACCUAACACAAUAGCGGGUGUUUCGGGCCCAGACAAGAGCAAUUGCACAUAAUGUGGCCGAGGAGAGGCAUGUGAAGCAUUCUUCUCUGUAUCUAAAAUAUAGGGUGAUCAAACA